CUAUCAAUAAUACUAAAACUAACGCAAACUCUUCAGAAAAAUGUCAAAUAUAACCGCCGCGGUCAUUGCCAACCGCAAUAAAAAGCAUUUUUUGGGUGUUCCCGCACCGCUUGGCUAUGUAGCCGGCGUGGGUCGUGGCGCCACUGGCUUUACAACACGUUCAGAUAUUGGUCCAGCUCGAGAUGCCAAUGAUGUUUCCGAUGAUCGCCACGCGCCUCCUGCCACAAAGCGAAAAAAGAAGGACGAGGAGGAGGAGGAAGAUGAGGAUUUGAAUGACUCGAACUAUGACGAGUUUAGCGGCUACAGCGGAUCACUCUUUUCAAAAGAUCCAUACGACAAGGAUGACGAAGAGGCGGACGCUAUUUAUGAUUCUAUAGAAAAGCGUAUGGAUGAAAAACGCAAGGAAUAUCGCGACCGUCGCUUGCGUGAGGACCUGGAGCGUUAUCGUCAGGAGCGUCCAAAAAUUCAGCAGCAGUUUAGCGAUCUGAAGCGUUCGCUGGCCACAGUCACUAGCGAGGAGUGGUCCACCAUACCCGAAGUAGGCGACAGUCGCAAUCGCAAGCAGCGCAAUCCGCGCGCCGAGAAAUUCACUCCGUUGCCGGACAGCGUACUCUCGCGGAAUUUAGGCGGAGAGACGACCACUUCACUGGAUGCUAGCUCUGGUUUGGCUUCCAUGGUGCCCGGCGUGGCGACGCCUGGCAUGCUAACACCCACUGGAGAUUUGGAUUUGCGUAAAAUUGGUCAGGCGAGAAACACACUAAUGAAUGUUAAACUUUCGCAAGUUUCGGACUCUGUGACGGGACAAACGGUAGUCGAUCCCAAGGGUUAUUUGACUGAUUUGCAGAGCAUGAUACCCACCUAUGGCGGCGAUAUCAAUGACAUUAAAAAGGCGCGUCUGUUAUUGAAGAGCGUGCGUGAAACGAAUCCGAAUCAUCCCCCCGCUUGGAUAGCGUCGGCUCGCUUGGAAGAGGUCACCGGCAAGGUACAAAUGGCACGCAAUUUAAUAAUGCGUGGCUGUGAAAUGAACCCACAGUCAGAGGAUCUCUGGCUGGAGGCGGCGCGUCUCCAACCACCUGAUACAGCCAAAGCCGUCAUUGCACAAGCGGCACGUCACAUUCCCACCUCGGUGCGCAUUUGGAUCAAGGCCGCCGACCUGGAGACCGAAACCAAAGCCAAACGACGCGUCUUUCGUAAAGCCCUCGAGCACAUACCGAACUCAGUGCGUCUCUGGAAGGCGGCUGUGGAGCUGGAAAAUCCAGACGAUGCUCGCAUUUUGCUCUCGCGAGCUGUCGAGUGCUGCAAUACGAGCGUGGAGCUGUGGCUGGCAUUGGCUCGGCUGGAGACUUAUGAGAAUGCGCGCAAGGUGCUGAACAAGGCGCGUGAGAAUAUCCCAACGGAUCGUCAGAUCUGGACAACGGCUGCCAAGCUGGAAGAGGCCAAUGGCAACAUACACAUGGUGGAGAAGAUUGUCGAUCGUUCGCUCACAUCGCUGACGGCCAAUGGAGUGGAAAUCAAUCGCGAUCACUGGUUCCAGGAGGCCAUCGAAGCGGAGAAAUCAGGUGCCGUUCAUUGCUGUCAGGCGAUCGUCAAAGCUGUCAUUGGCAUUGGCGUCGAGGAGGAGGAUCGCAAGCAAACUUGGAUUGAUGAUGCCGAAUUCUGCGCCAAAGAAAAUGCAUUUGAGUGCGCGCGCGCUGUCUACGCGCAUGCGUUGCAAAUGUUUCCAUCGAAGAAGAGCAUUUGGUUGCGUGCUGCAUACUUUGAGAAGAACCAUGGAACCCGGGAGUCUCUGGAAGCGCUGCUGCAACGCGCUGUGGCGCAUUGCCCCAAAUCGGAGAUACUCUGGCUGAUGGGCGCCAAGUCGAAGUGGAUGGCUGGCGAUGUGCCCGCGGCGAGAGGAAUCUUGUCGUUGGCUUUCCAGGCCAAUCCAAAUUCCGAGGACAUUUGGUUGGCUGCUGUCAAGUUGGAAUCAGAGAACUCGGAAUACGAACGUGCGCGACGUUUGCUGGCAAAGGCGCGUGGAUCGGCGCCAACGCCUCGUGUCAUGAUGAAAUCGGCACGCCUUGAAUGGGCGCUGGAACGACUCGACGAGGCGUUACGUUUGCUGGCCGAAGCCGUGGAGGUGUUCCCUGAUUUUCCGAAACUCUGGAUGAUGAAGGGUCAGAUUGAGGAGCAGCAGCAGCGCACUGACGACGCAGCUGCUACAUAUACGUUGGCAUUGAAGAAAUGUCCCACCUCGAUACCGCUAUGGAUACUGUCGGCUAAUCUGGAGGAACGUAAAGGUGUCCUAACCAAGGCACGCUCAAUUUUAGAGCGAGGCAGGCUGCGCAAUCCCAAAGUCGCCGUGCUCUGGCUGGAGGCGAUACGCGUGGAGCUGCGCGCCGGACUUAAAGAGAUAGCCAGCACAAUGAUGGCGCGCGCCCUGCAAGAGUGUCCCAAUGCCGGUGAGCUGUGGGCGGAGGCCAUCUUCAUGGAAACAAAGCCACAGCGUAAAACCAAGUCAGUGGAUGCUCUCAAGAAAUGCGAGCACGAUCCGCACGUACUGCUGGCGGUGUCCAAGCUGUUCUGGUCGGAGCACAAGUUCUCCAAGUGCAGAGAUUGGUUCAAUCGAACGGUCAAAAUUGAUCCAGAUCUGGGCGAUGCUUGGGCAUAUUUCUACAAAUUUGAGCUGCUGCAUGGCACGGAACAGCAGCAGCAGGAGGUGCUCGAGCGCUGCAUAGCCGCAGAGCCCACACAUGGCGAGUCGUGGUGUCGCGUGAGCAA